GUAAACUUGCACCUUAGCAUGGAAGCAUCAAUUUCUGAUCCCAACAACCCUAACUGUGGAGAUGCAUAUGGAGCAGCAUUUCAAGGGGAAGUUGAUAUUCUCAUGAAAUUCUACAAAAGAGAACCAACCUCUUCUAGCAAUAUAUGGGGCGACACAAUUUUUCAUGUUCUUGCUCUGAAAAGCCACACCAAAGCUAUAAUGGAGUUACUAAACUUGUCAAUGCCUAUCAAUGGCUUGAAAGAGAAAAAUUCUAAUGGCAACACAGCACUCCAUGAAGCAGUCAGGGUUGGUGCUUUAGAGAUUGCCAAGAAAAUGGUUCAAAAGGAAGAGAGCCUUGUCCAUGACAUCAAUCACAUUGGAGAGACACCAUUGUAUUGGGCUGCAGCUUUUGGACAGACCAAAAUGUUUCAGUUCUUAGCCAGAAAAACUAGAAGUGACAACAUUUAUGACACCAGAGGAUUGAGAAGAAAUGAUGGCUCUACAAUUCUUCAUGCGGCUGUAAUUGGAGAAUUUUAUGGUUUAGCUUUAGAGAUAAUGGGCUAUUACCCUGAUCUAGCCUUUGCUCGUGAUAAAGAUGGGAUCACAGCUCUUCAUCUGUUAGUGCAUUCACCCUCUUCAUUCAGAAGUGGGACAGAUUACUCUGAUAUAAAUUUACUCUAUACCUCCUUUAUUCCACUGGCACUGUUCAAAUUAAUGAUCUACUUCUGUAUUCCAUGGAAUGCUUAUAAGUCUACACAGAUGGAUGAUCUGGAGGAUCCUUGUGAGUUGCAAAAGAACAGAGAACCAGGGUUUCCAUUUUUUGGAAAAAUUUAUAAAGAAAAACAAAAGCAUAACUUGGCACUGGACCUAGCAAAACUACUCAUAAAGACAGAAUCCAUGAGCAUGAAAGGGGGUUAUUACAUUGGCAAUAGAGGGGAACCCUUUCAUGCAUCCAACAUAGGCCCUUCAGCUACUACUAAUACAAUCAGUGACACCCUUAUGCUAGCUACAAGGCAUGGGACUGUGGAAGUUGUUGAGGAGAUCCUUAAAGAAUGUCCUUGGGCUAUUGAGUUUGUGGAUGAGAAUAAGAAAAACAUAUUCCAUUUAGCAGCUGAGUUUUGUAAAAUUAGGGUUUUGGUGUUUCUAAAAUCCAAGGGCUUCAUUACAGCUAAGAUGAUUGCAAAUGUUGACAACAAGGAAAACACAGCCUUGCAUCUUGCAGCAAAGUAUGUUGAUCAUCGACAAAAUAAGAUUCAUAUCUCAGCAUACAAGAUGGCAGUGGAGACAAUUUGGUUUAAGAAAGUAAAGGAAGUGUACUCUCAAGUGAAUCUGCCUCAGUUUACAAAUUGUGAUGGCAAAACAGCAAAUGAGCUAUUUGAUGAAACUCAUAAGCAUCUGAAACAUGAAAGUGUGAAGUGGAUUAAGAGUGCAGCAAAUACUAACAUGGUUAUCUCUACCCUCAUUGCCACCAUGAACUUUACUGCAGCAUUUGCUGUUCCAGGAGGUUAUCACCAAAAUACGGGUCUCCCUAUUUUUGCCAACACAAUAGCUCUCCCAAUUUUCUAUGCCUAUUCUGCAGCUGCAUUGUUUUUCUGUGUUGGCACCCUUGCAGCUUCCUUAUCUGCCUAUUUUUCUCGCUUUAAUACCAAUGAUUUUUACAUCUUCUUCCCACUCAAAUACAUUCUUGCAGGUACCACUCAUUUUUUAUCUGCAAUCUACUCAGUUACAGCAUUUGUUCAAGCUCUCAUACUUGUAACAAAUGGAGAAUUUACAACUCUUCAAUGGUGCUUAGCUCUUUCAGCCACCAUAUUUGCUAUGAUUUCCUUUAUCGUUCUGUACAUGGAUAUAAUGUUCCCAGUUUUUCGUUAUUUUGUAUUUGUAUUCUUCGAUUGA